AGGAGAGUCGACCAGGUCGAUCGAUCGAUCGCUAUCGCUAUUGCCACCGCUGAGCCGUAAGCGUGACAAUAGAUCGUUCGCGUCCCAAAGCAGGCAACACGUCCGGCGUAUAAAAAGUCGAUUGAUGGAAAAUUGGGCAAUCAAACUGUUGGCGCGUUUCAAACCGAUCGGUCGAAAAUUACGUUACGUUCGGAAACGGAUUACACUUCGAGCUGCACUCGAUACUCAAUAGGGACAAGGAUUACCCAACCAUGCUGACUUGGACCCUCUGGUGCGGAUUACUGUUCCUGCUGUGGUUCUACUUCCUGUGGAGCCGUCGCAGGUUCUACCUGCUCACGCUCAAGAUCCCGGGGCCACUGGGAUACCCCAUUCUGGGCAUGGCCCACUGGCUGAUGAACAGGGAAGAUAUCCUCAAUGCCUUCGGCCGCUUUCUGGACAAGCACGGACCGACCAUCUUCUCGUGGCUCGGACCCAUUCCCUUCAUGAUCGUCAGUGAUCCGCAGGUUGUGCAGGACAUCUUCACAUCGCCGCACUGCGUCAACAAGGGCAUCAUUUACAAGGCCGUGGACGAUGGAGCGGGCAUUGGACUGUUUAGCCUGAACGAUCCCCGUUGGAGCAUCCACCGAAAACUGUUGAACCCCGCCUUUGGCCACAAGGUUUUACUCAGCUUCCUGCCCAUUUUCAACCGGGAGACGGCACUUCUGCUGGAUCAACUGAAACCUCUGCAGGACGAUGGAGAGAAGGACCUUGUUCCACUGCUGCAGAGCUUCACCCUGGGCAUAGCCACCCAAACUACCAUGGGCAGUGAUGUGAAGAGCGAGGAGAACUUGAUGAGCAAGUCCCUGCUGGACCGAUACCAAUGUAUGUUGGAAACUAUGACAGACAUGUGCUUCUCGCCGUGGCUCAUCAGCCGAUUUGUUCGCCAGCUGCUGGGUAGAGAGUCCCACUACUACCAGGCCAAGACGGAAAUUCGCCAGUUCAUCAGGAAGCUCAUUGAAAAAAAGUUGGCGGCAGACCAAAAAGAAACACAACCUGCCAUCAAAUCAAUCGAUAAGAAUAUAUUUCUUAACCUGGCCACGGAUUUGCUGAGAAGGGGAGUGUUCACUUGGAAAAAUGUCGAGGAUGAGUCGAACAUCAUUGUUUUUGGAGCCUUUGAGACCACCGCAAAUGCUAUAUACUAUACGCUGAUGUUGCUGGCCAUGUUUCCCGAUUAUCAGGAGAGGGCCUUUGAGGAGAUACAAAGCCUGUUCCCGAACACCGGAGACUUUGAUGUCACGUAUGCUGACACCCAGCAGAUGGUGUAUCUGGAUCUGAUCCUCAACGAGUCGAUGAGGGUUAUACCCCCUGUUCCAGUUGUGUCCCGACAAACGUCGCAUGACCUAACACUGUCCAACGGGAUAGUGGUGCCUCAGGGGGUUCAGAUCGCCAUAGACAUUUACCACAUGCACCGGAGCAAAAAAAUCUGGGGUCCAGAAGCAGAAACCUUCAAUCCAGAUCACUUCCUACCCCACAACAUUCAGGACAAGCACCCGUACGCCUACAUACCCUUCACCAAGGGAAUCCGAAAUUGCAUAGGCUGGAGAUAUGCCUUGAUAUCGGCUAAAGUUACACUGGCCAAAUUGUUGAGGAAUUAUAGGUUUAGGACGAGUUUUCCGUUCGAAGAUCUUUAUUUUGUUGAAGAUAUAACCAUGAAGCUCAAAACUGUGCCACUGCUGGAGCUCCAAAAGAGAAUUUAAAUGUUAUUGAACUAAGUGAUUAAAAAUGAAAAUAGAUUAAU